AUGAAGCUCUCCUCCGCCAUCGCCAUUAUUGGCAGCACGGCCUCUGCCGUGGCCAGCAGCAACCAGCAUGCCAUGGACAGCAGCGACGCGCCGCCCGCCGCCGCCGCCGGGCACCGCAUCCCGACCAGCUAUGAGUCGGCCGUCAUGGGCCGCCGCAUCCUGGGUCUGAGCAAGCUGGCGACCUUUUCCACCGUCUUCCCCAGCAAGUCGUCGUCGCCGUCGCGCCGUAGCACGCUCGCCGACAACGGCGUCGAGGGCCAGCCCAUCGGCCUGGUCGACUACGUGGCCGACUGCGAGGACGUCGGCAACCCGACCAUCCUGGAGCUCAAGAUUGGCACCACGUUCCGCAACGUGCAGGCCGGCUCCAACAUCACCGUGUCGCUGCAGUGGGUGCCGCCGUACCCGCCCACCAAGCGCAUCGGCGUCGUGAAGCGCGCCAUGUCCUACCUCCCCUUCCUCGGCCGUAGCGAGGAUGACGGGCCGCGCAACUCGGCGGACCCCAGCAUCCCGGACACGGUCCCGUACUCGGCGGACAACCUGCCGCGCUUCGCCCUCUUUGGCUACCUGGAGCCGUUCCACGCCGACGCGGCCCAGACGGAGACGCUCAAGGCGUGCUACCUGGCCAAGCACCCGGACAGCAAGUACUGGCUGCCGGGCAACCACAUCCACACGAGCGACUGGACGCGCAUGGUCGUCACAAAGGUGUACUGGGUUGGCGGAUUCGGCGACCGCGCCUACAUUGGCUGGAUUCCGGUCGACGAGUGGAACAACGUCAAGGAGGACGAGUGGAAGGCCAUCAAGCUGCCCGGCGAGACCAAGGGCUGGUCUGAGUGGAAUGCAUAUGAUGAGCAGGAGCUGUAG